CAAGACCAAGAUCAAGACCAAGAUCUUGAUCUUCAUCUUUAGCUCCUCCUCUCCUUUUGAAUUCUUUCUUCCCCUGGUCUCAACAUCAAUGUCGUCGGGUUCUCAAACCCUAGGCGGCCAAUCCCGCUGCGGAUGGCUACUAGGGCCUUCACUCGACAAGAUCAUCAAGAAUGCUGCCUGGCGCAAACACUCCCACAUCGUCACUGCCUGUAAAUCCGCCCUCGACAAGCUCGAAACCCUCGCCGACGAUCCCUCCUCCUCUACCCCGCUCUACGGCGUCUCCUCCCUCUCCGACGCCGAAUCUCUCAUCCUCCCCCUCAUCCUAGCCAUUGAUUCAUCUUCCUCCAAAGUCGUUGAACCCGCCCUCGACUGUUCCUAUCGUUUGUUCUCCCUCCGUCUCAUCCGCUGCGAGAUCGACCCCUCUGAACAACCCUCCUCCCUCAUAUUCCGUCUCAUUGAUUCUAUAUGCAAGUGCGGUAGUCUCGGCGAAGAGGUUGUCGAGCUCUCCAUCCUCAAAACUUUGCUCUCAGCUGUUCGAUCUUCAACUGUCUUUAUCCGGGCUGAUUGCCUCAACCAGAUUGUCAAGACCUGUUAUAAUAUAUAUCUUGGAGGGGUCAACGGAACUAACCAGAUCUGUGCAAAGUCGGUGUUAGCUCAGAUGAUGGCCAUCAUUUUUGCUAGGGUGGAGGGGGAUUCUCUGCUGGUUAGCUUCAAGACUGUAUCCGUCACCGAACUGUUAGAGUUCAAUGAUAGGAAUCUUAAUGAAGGGAGUUCUAUACAGUUUGUUCAGAACAUGAUUAAUGAGGUUGUUUUCACUAACGUAGUCGAAGUUAGUCAAAAUGCAAACCCGUUGGCCGAACUGCAAGAUGCCAAGUCUGCUACCGCCAAUGAAAAAGCUGAUUCUUCUGAUGCUGAAUCGGCUGAGAAGGCGGAUUUGAGUAGUUAUUCUAAGAUCAGGGAUGAUGGGGUCCUGGUUUUCAAGAAUUUAUGUAAACUGUCAAUGAAGUUUUCUUCUCAGGAGCAGCCUGACGAUCAGAUUCUCUUGAGGGGAAAGAUGUUGUCUCUGGAGCUACUGAAGGUAAUCAUGGAAAAUGGGGGUCCAUUAUGGCGUACAAAUGAGAGGUUCCUCAAUGUGAUCAAACAGUUUCUUUGCCUGUCCUUGUUGAAAAAUAGUGCGCUGUCGGUCAUGUCAGUUUUUCAGCUUCUCUGUUCGAUAUUUCAGAGCUUAUUAUCAAAAUACAGAUCCGUGUUGAAAUCAGAAAUAGGGAUAUUUUUCCCAAUGCUCAUUCUCCGUGUGCUUGAAAAUGUGCUUCAGCCGAGUUUCAUACAGAAGAUGACAAUUCUUAAUUUACUGGAUAAAAUAUCUGAGGAUUCACAGAUUAUGAUCGACGUUUUUGUCAACUAUGAUUGUGAUGUUGAUUCUCCAAACAUAUUUGAAAGGACUGUGAACGGUCUUCUGAAAACUGCUCUAGGUCCACCACCUGGUUCCACUACCUCCUUGUCACCAGUGCAUGAUCUAACAUUUCGGCUUGAAUCAGUUAAGUGCUUGGUCAUAAUAAUCAAGUCAAUGGGAGUUUGGAUGGACCAGCAGCUUAGGAUAGGUGAGUUUGGUGUACGGAACACAUCUGAUAAUGAUAGUGUUGUUGAGUGUAACACAAGUCUUGGAGGAGAUGAAGGAAGUCUUCCUGAUUUUGAGCUGCACCAAGAAGCAAUCUCUGAUCACUCCACUGCUACGCUAGAGCAACGCCGGGCUUAUAAGUUAGAACUCCAGAAAGGUAUUUCCCUGUUCAAUAGAAAACCUUCGAAGGGUAUUGAGUUCCUCAUAAGUAACAAAAAGAUUGAUGGUACCCCGGAAGCGGUUGCAUUAUUUUUGAAGAACACUUCUGGUUUGAAUGAGACUGUGAUUGGUGACUAUUUGGGCGAAAGGGAUGAUUUCUCAUUAAAAGUAAUGCAUGCUUAUGUUGAUUCCUUUAAUUUUGAUGGAAGGGACUUUGGUGAGGCUAUUAGAUUUUUUCUAAGGGGUUUCAGAUUACCUGGUGAGGCGCAGAAAAUUGACCGUAUCAUGGAAAAAUUUGCGGAGCGCUAUUGUAAGUGCAAUCCUAAUUCGUUUACUAGUGCUGAUACAGCAUAUGUCCUUGCCUAUUCUGUGAUAAUGCUGAAUACGGAUGCUCAUAACAGCAUGGUGAAAGACAAGAUGAGCAAAGCUGAUUUUAUUCGGAACAACCGUGGGAUCGAUGAUGGAAAGGACUUACCUGAAGAAUAUUUGGGUGCCCUUUAUGAUCAAAUUGUGAAGAAUGAAAUUAAGAUGAAAGCUGAUACUUCAGUACCACAGAGCAAGCAAACAAACAGUGUUAAUAGAUUACUGGGCUUGGACGGCAUACUUAAUCUUGUAUGGAAACAGACAGAGGAGAAACCGUUGGGUGCAAAUGGAGCUCUCAUAAGGCACAUCCAAGAUCAGUUCAAGGCUAAAGCGGGAAAAUCAGAGUCUACUUACUAUGCUGUUGCAGAUGCAGCAAUAUUGAGGUUUAUGGUGGAAGUCUGCUGGGGCCCGAUGCUCGCUGCCUUCAGUGUAACGUUGGAUCAGAGUGAUGAUAAAGCAGCCACUAAUCAUUGCUUACAGGGCUUUAGGCACGCUGUGCAUGUUACCGCAGUCAUGGGUAUGCAGACACAGAGGGAUGCAUUUGUCACCACUGUUGCAAAGUUCACAUACCUUCAUUGUGCUGCAGAUAUGAAGCAAAAAAAUGUGGAUGCUGUUAAGGCAACAAUAGCAAUCGCCAUAGAAGACGGAAAUUAUCUUCAGGAUGCCUGGGAACACAUAUUGACCACUCUAUCUCGAUUUGAGCAUUUGCAACUAUUGGGAGAGGGUGCUCCAUCUGAUGCAUCCUUUUUAAGUGGAUCAAACAUUGAGACAGAGGACAAGUCAGUGAGAUCCAGUUUUACAUCCUUGAAAAAGAAAGGAACCCUCCAGAAUCCAAUUGUAAUGGCCGUUGUUCGAGGGAGUUCAUAUGACAGCACUUCUCUGGGAGUCAAUACCUCAGGACUGGUAACCCCGGAACAAAUUAACAGCUUCAUUUCAAAUUUGAACCUGCUUGAACAGAUAGGAAAUUUUGAGCUUAACCACAUUUUUGCUCAUAGCCAAAGGUUAAACAGCGAAGCAAUAGUGGCUUUUGUGAAAGCUCUUUGUAAAGUGUCCAUGUCAGAAUUGCAGUCACCAACAGAUCCUCGAGUAUUCAGUCUGACAAAAAUAGUGGAAGUUGCGCACUACAACAUGAACCGAAUCAGAUUAGUGUGGUCUCGCAUAUGGAAUGUCCUUUCAGAUUUCUUUGUUUCGGUUGGUUUGUCAGAAAAUCUUUCAGUUGCCAUCUUUGUCAUGGAUUCAUUGCGUCAACUUUCUAUGAAAUUCCUUGAGCGAGAAGAGUUGGCAAACUAUAACUUCCAAAAUGAGUUUUUGAGACCUUUCGUGAUCGUCAUGCAGAAAAGCAACUCUGUUGAAAUCAGGGAACUAAUAGUUCGUUGCCUCUCACAGAUGAUCCUGAGCCGGGUCGAUAAUGUGAAAUCUGGCUGGAAAAGCGUUUUCAUGGCAUUAACCGCUGCUGCUGCUGAUGAAAGGAAGAAUAUUGUGUUGUUGGCGUUUGAGACCAUGGAGAAAAUAGUACGGGAAUAUUUUCCUUAUAUAACUGAGACGGAGACCGUGACUUUUACUGAUUGUGUUAGAUGCCUCAUAACCUUCACCAAUAGCAGAUUUAACAGUGAUGUAAGCCUUAACGCCAUUGCUUUUCUCCGGUUCUGUGCUGUGAAACUUGCCGAAGGGGGUCUUAUUUGCAGCAGAGAAAAUGCUGAUGAUGAUUCAAGCAUUCAAGUGAAGGAAGCUACUGCUGAUGGACAUACUUUAAUGGAUAAAGAUGAGAAUGCUUCCUAUUGGAUUCCUUUGCUGAGUGGGUUAUCUUCGUUGACGUCGGAUCCUAGGUUAGCUAUCAGAAAGAGUGCUUUGGAAGUGCUUUUCAAUAUUUUGAAGGACCAUGGCCAUCUUUUUUCUCACUCAUUUUGGAUUACCGUAAUCAAUUCAGUGAUUUUCCCUGUCUUCAAAUUUGUGAGGGACAAGAAAGAGAAUAAUGAUCAGUCUUCACCAGCUUCUAUAUUUUCACAUCCAGAACCAAGCACUUGGGAUUCUGAAACGUCUUCUGUGGCAACUCGGUGUUUAAUAGAUCUAUUCGUCAAUUUUUUUCCUGUGAUGAGGGCUCAAUUAACUGAAGUAGUAUCACUACUAGCAGGACUUUUCAGAAAUCCAAGUCAAGGUUCUGCUAGCACUGGAGUAUCUGCAUUGAUGCAUUUGGUGGGUGACUUGGGAUGCAUGCUCACUGAAGAUGAGUGGUCAUGCAUCUUUCUUUCUUUGAAAGAAACCUCAGCUUCAAUGUUGCCAGGUUUCCUAAAACUCAUCAGAAUUAUGGAUAGGAUUGACGUGCCAAAUGUUGCUCAAUCGUAUUCCUAUUCCUAUGAUGAUGGGGAGACAUUGAGCAAUAAUGGUACAACUGAAAACUACGAGGAUGACAACUUGCAAACGGCAGGAUAUAUUGUUUCAAGAAUGAAAACUCAUAUAUCAAUGCAACUACUUAUCAUGCAGGUGACAACUGAUCUGUACAACAUGCACCAAGACUUGCUGAAGGCCUCAAGUGUCAAGAUUGUACUUGAAAUAUUUUCACAGACCAUGUCUCAUGCUCAUCAAUUGAGCUCAGAAAUGGGCCUACAUCUGAAGCUGCAGAGAGCAUGCUCCAUCCUUGAGAUCUCUGAUCCACCCGUAGUACAUUUUGAGAACGAAUCUUAUCAAAACAUACUCAACCUAUUGCACCAUUUACUGACGAGCAACCCAUCUUUGUCAGAUGAGAUGGGUAUAGAAGCACGACUAUUUUUAAUAUGCGAAGAAAUUAUAGAAAUAUAUCUCAAAUGUUCGAGAUUGGAAGAGGGGAAACCAGAAAAAGCAGUGGUCCAUUGGAUCCUUCCACUGAAUUCAGGUGUGAAGGAAGAAUUAGGGGCAAGGACAUCUUUGCUUGUGUCAGCAUUGAGGGUUUUAAGUGAAGUAGACAAGGAUUGCUUUAGGAAGUAUGCAUCUAGGUUGUUUCCGUUGCUAGUAGAGUUGGUGCGUUGUGAGCACAGCUCUCGUGAAGUGCAGCCUGUUCUAAGCAACUUGUUCCAGACAUGUGUAGGCCCCAUAAUAAUCAAAGUGUGACAUGUUUGUUUGUGUACAGAUAAGAAUAUAUAUUAAAUAUAUUUCUAGUGUAGUACUGACCGACUGUAGGGCACUGGCAAUGGCACGAUAUAUCUCCAUUCCGUUUUUGCUACUCUAUCUAGUCGGUAUAAGGAGUUUCUGGUGUUGUAUUUGUACUGUGUAUGGUAUGGCCAUUCUUUUGGGUGAUUAAUACAAACAAUUUGUUUAUUCUCA